AUGCCACUCGGGGAGGAGUCCAUCACCAGCUUCUUCAAACCCACUGGAAGAACCUCAGAUAAUUACAAGUCUCGCACCAGGCACACGAAACGCGCCCGCACCGCCCAGGAUGGCACAGAAUCGAAGGCAGAAACAUCUCGAAAGAAGGCUAAACCUUCCCCUACUACUCAGGCUCGAGCUUCGGGAUCUGCGAAGCUUCAUUACUCACCAUCCGGAAGUCAGACGCUCCUCACAGACUUGUUGCAGAGGAAGAAAGACGACGCGCCGAAACCGUCGAAGAGUGCAAAGCCCGAGCGGAAACUGCAUACUAGUGUCAUCGACCUCACGAAUAGCAAUGAAGACGAUACAGAAGACGCUGCCAUUGCCUCUACGACUGAACGACCCGGUCACCGUCCAAAGCAAUCCUCCGUGAGCUCGAAGCGCCUAAAGAAUCCAUCCCCAAGCGAAAUAGGAUCUACUAGCACUUGUCCUUCGUAUCGCCCCAACGAGUUAGAUAUACCGUCGUUUGGGACUACCAAUACUACAAUACCCAUCCACACACUUUCUUCACCGCCUACGUCCAGAGAUCCAUCGUUCUUCGACGUAGUGCCGUCCUCUCAAUCGCAGGACCUGGAGCGAGAAUUGCCGCCAGAACCUACCCCGAGCUCGUCGAGGCACGCUCCUACCCCGUGGUACAUGAGCCCGGCCUCUGAACCUCUGGCAAGCCCGCCUUUCACGCCAAGGAAGAGGUGGAAAGCGGCGUUUCCAGACGUCCUCUCUUCUCCCGCAGUUCCUUCGUCUCAGACACAGGAACUGUACACCUUCGACUCACCUACUACCGUCCGCACUUCUCCUGCGGUCCGUUCGUCCCAGACGCAACCGCUAUACCUCCUCGAUACACCGACCAGCGUUCACGCCUCUCCCAUGGUUGCCUCAUCUCAGACACAAGCGUUUUGCAUGUUCGAUACGCCUACCAGACAUCGGAUUUUACCUGCAGAGAGACAAAUGUCUUUGCGCGCUGAUCACAAGGAAAUGUGUAUGGUCCCUAGCUCUCAAGCUGUGGAGAAGGAACCGUCGGUGUUCGGCAGUCCCUUGGCAAGAAAUUCCCAGUUACAGGCUUGUUUCCCGGAUAUCAGGUUAAUACAAUCGGCUAGUACGAGCGACGCUGCGAUGGAACCGCCGGCUUCUCCCAUUCCAGCAUUACCUUCCUUGGAUUCUCCCUCCGAGUCACCAGUAGAGAGUCGCAUCCGAUUAACGGAGUAUUCGCCGCAGGCAACUCCUCCAGAUGCACCCAAAUUUACUCCCCUACCUGAUAGCCCUCCGCAAGAAGAUCACUCGCUCCCGGAUAGCCUUCCCGUUUUCAAUUCGCAGCCAGGCAUAGGACUCCCCGCAUCUCAGUUGUCCGAUGAUGCUUCUCAGGCUGGGGCGAUGGUCAUAAGUGAUUUCUUCAACAUAUUUGAUGAGGGUGGGGGUAGCCUCCCUGCAGAUUUUCCUAUACCUUUAUGGUGA